AUGCGCUCAAAAAUACUCUUAGCUGACUAAAUGGAAACAAUAUUUUAGAAUUCUUCUAAAUCUUCAUCUGAGUUAGAAGAGCAGUCAGUGGAUCAAUAAUUAAAUCACUAUUCUAAGCGAUUUCAGGGGCAGAGUAAAUAUCUCCCAAUUCAUAUUCAAACACAUUCACUCCAGAGAAGUAACUGUUGUUACAGCUGGCGUUGCUGCUGUUGUUGUUGUUGGCAUAGCUCAUUGUCAUCAUUUCAGUUUGCGAAAAUAUUCGAUUAUAAAUAUAUAUAUAAAGUAGAGAUGAGCAAAUGCUAAUCAACAAAUUGUUGUGUUAUGUUUUUUUUUUCUUUUUCUUUUAUAUAAACGAAUCAAGGUGGCUGGACCUUUUUUAUAUAAAAUUUGUAUGUAUUUGAUGAUUUAUUAUUUAUAAAUUUUCACAGAUGUCUUUUCUUUUAUUUCAAAUAAAGCAAAUUAAUUUUUUUACUUUAGUUAGAAGAGACUAAGUAAGAUCAAUGA